AGGAGCACAAAUACACAUGCCAUGUGUACCAUGAGGGGCUGCCUGAGCCCCUCACCCUGAGAUGGGAGCCUCCUGAGUCCACGGUCCCCAUCAUGGCAGUCAUUGCUGUUGUGGUUCUCCUUGGAGCUGUGAUCAUCAUUGUAGCUGUGGUGGCUGUUGUGAAGAAGAGGAUGAGAAGCAAAGGUGGAAAAGGAGGGGUCUAUGCUCAUGUUUUAGGCAGCAACAGUGCCCAGAGCUCUGUCUUGUCUCUGGAGGCUUUAAAAGGUGACACCCUGGGAGCCCGAGGCUGGGGUGAGGCAAGGAGGAGAGGACUGGGUCCCAGGGAUUCUCAGGAUUCAGACAUUUGAAUGAGUCACAGCAGGCCUUUGAGAAGACAUUAUAUUCACUCUUCAUGACUCUUAGUCCUUAGCUCUAGACUGCUGCCUCAUGGGGGACAUGAUCUGACUCAAGAAACAACAAAUGGGGCUGGAGAGAUGGCUCAGAGGUUAAGAGCACUGACUGUUCAUCCAGAGGUCCUGAGUUCAAUUCCCAGCAACCACAUGGUGGCUCACAACCAUCUGUACUGAGAUCUGAUGCCCUCUUCUGGCCUGUGGGCAAACAUGCAAGGAAAC